AUGGACCCCAGCGGGGAUGUCCCCUUCCUGGGGGCACGCUGUGAUGACAUCAUGCACGUGACGGACACGCGCUACCAGGGGAUGUACCAGUGGCGCUGCUGCCUGCUGGACCGCUGCACCGCCCAGCCGCUGCAGCAGCUGCUGCUGCUGCGACUCAGAACCAUGGCCUCGGAGCAGAAGAACUUCAAGAAGAAGGUGGUACGUCUGCCCGCCUCAAGGCUACUGACACAAGCUCAGGAGCUCUCCAGGAAGGCGGUGGCCCGGCGGGUGCGUCUGGUGAAGGCCGUGGCUCCGGGCGCCGGGGGCCCGGAGGUCCUCUACACGCUGAGCCACCGCCAGGAGGAGCAGCUGAUCCCCUACAGCCUGGUGCAGCCGGUGCAGGCGGGGGCGCGGCGGCCGGUUCUCUUCUCCCCCUCGCCGCUCUCCAGGGGGCUCAUAGAGCAGCUGCUGCAGCCCGCCAUGUCCCAGCUGCAGUUCAACACCUGCCCUCCAGAACCCAUCCCGGCCACCGAGAGGUGCCAGAAACACGUGUUUAUGCUGAACCCCUCGAUUCCAGACGACUCUCUGGGCAUCAGGCUGCAGUCCAUACAAGACAUCGUCAGCCAGGAUAAGCACUGUCUGCUGGAGCUCAGCCUGGCCAAUGUGCAGGGCCUGCUGAAGCAGGGAGUGUACCCAAUCGUCAUCCACAUCCAGCCCAAGAACAAGAAGAAGUGGUUUCCCCAGUGCGGAGAGGAGAAGUUGAUUGAGGAUCUGUGUCGGAGGGAGGAACUGCAGCUGGAGACUCUUCCACUGUUCCACCACACGCUGGAGCCCAGCCGCUGGAGCAGCACGGACGACCUGCUGUCUGCCAUCCGCAGUGCCAUCGACAGCCAACAGAGGGCGGUAGCCUGCGUGGAAUUUGAGAGACUGCAGUAACGGCAGCCGGCCGCCAUACGCAGUGCCAUCCAGGACCAGCAGAGGGCGGUGGCGCGGGUGGAAGUACCGUCCUUAGCCAGUAGAGGGCACUGGGAUUGGUGGAAUUGGACAGACUUCAGUAACUGCAAGUCAGGUUAUUGACCAGUAGGCAACACAUGCAUCUCGCCCACAAAAAAGGAAAUGUGGCAUUUCAUAGGUUUUAAACCACUGCAGUCUUUUUUAAUCAAACGACUGCAAAACCUUUGUUUGUAGAUAGAUUAUCGGAUGUGUUAUUGUCCUAUUGCGGUUGCUAUAUAUGUAAAUUCAUUCAUUUAAAUUAAUAGGGCUAUUGGCACAACAGUACCAAUACUUGGUACUGUUGUGUUCUGGUGCUGACAGCGGCUGGCACAGUCCACCAGAACAGACGUUCUCACAGAGCCUUUCACUCACUCAGCGUGGCAGCGUCUUUAGAGGGCCAUGUGGGUAGAUUACCAGGCUGUAUACCUCAAAGAUUCACUCGGGUGUUAUUCUCAUCCAAUCCAGAACCGGCCAAGGAAAUAACUCUUCAGAUCUGUAUUUUUUUAAUCUGUUGACCAGGUUAAAGUUCAAAUAGUUUCACUUUGUGUUUGUACAAAUGCACAACAUUAAA